UUAAGAGGCGCUCUUCCUUCUCCUAAGCCCCGCCCCUUGCCUCGCGAUGCCGCGACUGGCGCUCCCUGCGGUCGGCCGCUUCGGCGCUGCGUUUGGCCCGCCUCCGCCCGCGACACCAGUUCGAGGCCCGGCGGGGGCGUUUGGCUGCUGUUAACGGCGGCUGGGACCGUUAGUCAGCGCGUCCGCCCCCCCCCCCCCGGAGAGCGGAGCGCGUGGCCAGGGUCGCUUGAGGCGAGCUUCUCCCGCCCUUCCGAAAGCGAGCGAGAGCGAAAGCGAGGCGUCCCGGAUAAACCUCUAUGGAUAAGCCUGGUAGUGAUGCUGAAAGUGGAAAAAGAUUGGUGUAACUGAAGACAGAAUGAAUCGGCUGCUGGAUAAUGAAGAAAAUUCAUUAGGUAGCCGUUUGGGCUCCCAUCCUUCUUUACGGGAUGUUCAUUCCAUCAACCCAGCACAGUUAAUGGCCAGAAUUGAAUCCUAUGAAAGCAGAGAGAAAAAGGGCAUAUCUGAUGUCCGAAGGACUUUCUGUCUUUUUGUGACCUUUGACCUCUUGUUUGUAACAUUGCUGUGGAUAAUAGAGUUAAAUGUAAAUGGGGGUAUUAAGAAUACAUUAGAAAAAGAGGUCCUUCAAUAUGACUACCGUUCUUCAUACUUCGAUAUCUUUCUUCUGGCAGUUUUUCGGUUUAAGAUCUUGAUACUUGCAUAUGCAUUGUGCAGACUGCGACACUGGUGGGCAAUAGCAUUUACAACUGCGGUAACCAGUGCCUUCUUAUUAACAAAAGUAAUUAUCUCAAAGCUGUUAUCUCAAGGUGCUUUUGGCUAUGUAUUGCCCAUCAUAUCUUUCAUUCUUGCCUGGAUAGAAACCUGGUUCCUAGAUUUCAAAGUUUUAUCCCAAGAAGCAGAAGAAGAAAAUAGACUGCUAUUGGUGCAGGAUGCGUCUGAGCGAGCUGCACUUCUUCAACCUGGACUCCCUUCUGAUGGACAGUUUUAUUCCCCCCCUGAAUCUGAAGUGGGAUCUGAUGAAGAAUCUGAAGAAAAACAGGAUAGUGAGAAACCAGUCGUACAGUGAAUACAGCAGAAACAGAGUGGAAGCCAGAAUGUUCAGAAGUGGCUAUUCUUGGGACUUUAAUAAUGAUGCCAAUGGCUCAAUUACUGAUGGAACUCAAGAGAGAAUUUAUUUAUUUAUUGAUCAAGGGAAAUAGCUCCUGUGCUUUGUAAUACCUCACCAAGUCUACAUCACAUCUGUGUAUAUAUGUUGGACUGAAUCAUGUCUGUUAUAAAUAUGUAUUGUCUAUUAUAUAUUCAGUGACGCUUGAAUGAAACUGACUUGUAAUGAUCAUGAAGACACUGGAGGGUAGUGUACUUGUAAAUCUAACUUACAGAUCUAAUGCUACAUGAAGUAAUAUAGAGUAAGUCUCUGUUUAAUGAUGAUUUGAACUUGCUAUGUGUUGUUAAUGCCAUUAAUUUUACAUUUUAUUUUUUAACAUAUCUUUUUUUAAAUACGGACUUACGCACUCUUUGUAAAUUAAAGGAACACAUUAAUAAAAUGUGGCAUUACAAAUAUGAGUUUAGAUUUUCAACAUGCAUGAGAGGGUUUUUCCUCUUAUAUAUAAUUUUAAGUUGUAUUUUGCACACAGACUGGGCUGGGUCUGAGGCCAAAUUAUAAAUUUAAUUAAUUGGCAACCAACCUAUUAACGAUGGAAUUAUGUUAACGUGGUAUGUUGUAUAUUGUUUUGUAUAGAUAUAAGUUAAAAGACUUACAAUAGCUUUGAAGGGCAAUAUCUAUUAUUUUUUUAAAUAGCUGGUGAAUAGGUGUGCUUGUGUGUGCACAAUGCAGGGUGCAUUGUGUUCAAUAUUUAAAUCACAGUUUGAUUUUAGCAUAAUUAAUAGAUUAGAUUCUUAGUUUUUAAACACUUGUGGAGAUGUUUGCUAUAAAAUAAUGAACGUUCAUAUAUUUGUUUUUACAUGGGAAAUUAUGUUGAACAUAACAUCUUUUAGACUAUAACUGUGUAGGGUUGAGCAACUUGUGACCCUGAACAACAUUGUGACCCUGAACUGCAUUCAUCUCAGUAGUAGGUAGAAUACUGGAAUUCGGAAGGCUUUCUGGUCAGAAAGAACAAUAAGCUGGAUGGCCUCAUCUGUGGAGUAAUGUGACUGUGGCUGAGAAAUGUUUAAAAGAGAGUUGAUUUUGUGAUUCUAUAUUCAUCUCUAUAAUAUUGAAUUCAGCAGUUGCUAGUCCUUAUAUAUGACACACAGGCAUACAGUAGAAAAAAAUGUGGCCCUUUGGGAUGAGGUUGGCUUGCAUGUCCUAGCAGCCUUAAUCUGUGGUGAGAGGCACUGUUAAAAUACUUAGCUCAUACUUGUGCUUAAGAACAGGUAGCAUUAAAGUCUGCACAGAUUUUCUUGUUGCCUUCAGGUUGCAUCUGACCUACGGUAACUCUAGUAGGAUUUUAAAGGUAUGUGUAAAAUUUAAGGAGUGUUUUACCCACUGCCAACUCCCUAGUGAGUUUCUAUGGUCAAACGAGAUCCUGAAUGCAGGACUGAUUCAGAGUUCUUCACUCAAUUGUCCACACCACCAUCAGCAGCGGGUACUAUUUUUGGGGAAGUGUCUUUCAUUUUCAACUGGAUGCACAACAGGCAAACAUGUUUCACAAAUUCUAUCAUCUACUUAUUUUUGUUGUAUAUGUAAAAAGGUGAUAAUGAUUAUAAACAAGCAAGCUUCUUAUGGAGCUGAUCAAAGGUUUAUUUUUGAAUGACACAACACAAAAACAAUAGUUACAUAUGACUUUUUGAUACAGGAUACAUAUUUUACUUUCAAAGGAUUGUUCAUGUGCUGCAUAAAUACGUAUAGUGAAAAUAUAGUGUUCAUUCAUCUUUACCUAGAUUUUUACUUACUCACCCAGCUGGUUAAAUUCACAACGACAAUAAAAUUACAAAUUAUAGUCCCCUUUAUCAGAAUUGUCUCAUCCCUAGCUGUAGCUAUUGGUAAUAUAGAGGCGACUGAGCCAUGCCUUCUCUUGGUGGUUUAGCAGCUUUGAGUGUCAGUUUGAUAAUUUCUUUGUCGGUUUCAAAUGAUAAUUUUGCAUUAUGGAUAUAGAUAGUGUAGCCUAAUGGUUUGGCAAUGGAGCAGCUAGUUUCCACUUGGAACAGAACUCUUUACUGUAAUGCCAGACAAGAGCAAAAGCAAGUGUGAACAAUACAACAAUGAAUGGGUUAUAUGCUAGUGCAUAUAAUCAGUGGUGGUCAAACAAACCAAGGCCAGAAUAUGAUAGUACCAUUCCAGAAUGCAUUACAUACGUAAUUUCACAUUCCUUUCUACUCUGUUAAGUUGGGAAGCAGAAGCAGAUAGAAAUAUACGCCUAACUGUGUACCACAGUUAAGUGUAUAGAUCAGCCAGUUUCUGUCUAGCUUUACCUUGAACCUUUCCUCACCUUAUCUUCGACAUAUAUACAACUAGUUGGCUCCUUAUGCUCUAUAUACACAUACAACACAUCUGCAGUUGUGUGUGUAUGUAUAUACUUAUAUGUAUGUAUUUAUUUUUGAAAAUAACAUUGAAAAGUUUUGUAAUUUUUUUAAACACAUUGAAAUUAGAAUAGUUUGACCUUAGUACUACAAGAUUAAUAAAUCAAAUCUUUUGCAGAGCAACAACUCAAUACAAUACACUUAGUGCAGAGAAGUUAAGGUUCUGGUAUUGAGGCUACUGAGAUUUGCAAGGGAAAGGAUCAGAUUACAGGAUCACCAUAGCUCUGACAAAGUACAAACAAACCUGUUGCCACGUAUAUGUGCACAAAUAAGGACAUUUUCUUCACAUACUGCUUCGGAAUAUGCUAGCUUGUAACUUCUUGCAAUCAUGCUCAUUUGAUAUGUAUCACUCAAGUUUUUUUCUGACGUCAGUCUGUAAACCCUGAUGGCUCAUCUAUAAAAGUGGGCUCCUGUGCAUUGGAGAGGUUCAGAUGUAGGGACUGAGCUUCCUACAACACUUUUUAUGCCUCUUGAACUGAGAAUUACUCCAAACGGUGGGUGAAGUUCUCAGGGAAGAGUCCCUUAUAAGUAGCAACAUCUCUGUAUUGAAGCCAGUCACAUUCCUUAAUGCCUGUUAACCAGCCUGCCUCCUACAAGAUAAAGAGAGUUUUUCAGUCUUAACAUGAAUCCAUUACUGUAAAAACCUCACAGAUGGUGUGUGUAUAUUUGUAUAGUUUACACAUAUCAAAAGUUAUUUCUUUCUCCACUCAUCAAACAGAAUGUUUUUAAAGUUUAUGCACAAGUUCUCUGAUAUUUUGAACUAAAAUAUGUUAUGGUACUGCUUUUGAUUAUUUUAAGUAAUAAUCCUGUAAGUGAUCUGUUUUUGUUUUUAUUUCCAGCAUUGCCAGUCUAAAAUUAUCUAUGCUAUUGCAGGCAGGUAUAUUUGUGAUUGUAAAUGUGUUUAAAACAUUGCAACCUUUAAGUAACACAAACUAUGAAUUAAUGCAAGCAGUAAAACAGACUUUGAAGAUACUGUUUUAAUAUGCGGCGAAGUAAAUGUGUUUUGCUCUCA